CAUACUGUGCUUUUUCCUGGAUGCUACGAAAACAAUAUAAGGGAGGGUUGAAUCGUGUAACAGACCGCCCCAUAUAAACAAGUAACUGUUAUGUCUAUUGUGACUGUUCAAUAGACAUAGGUAAACGAAAUCUGUCGUUUUACUACGACAGUUUUGAAAACUAAGCUAGCUAGUCUUUGUAAUAGCCAAAUAAUCAAUUGAAAUGGAGCGGUGGAAAGGCAGAGUAGCUCUCGUGACUGGAGCCUCGGUCGGGAUUGGAGCGGCUGUUGCACGGGCUCUUGUCCAGCACGGCAUGAAGGUUGUGGGAUGUGCCAGGAAUGUUGACAAGAUAGAGAAGCUGGCAGCAGAGUGCCAGAGUGCGGGCUUCAACGGUACGCUGAUCCCCUAUAAGUGUGACCUGUCCUGUGAGGAGGACAUCCUGUCCAUGUUCUCUGCCAUCAAGACGCUGCACCAGGGGGUGGACGUGUGUAUCAACAAUGCAGGCCUGGCCCACAAUGAACCCCUGCUCAGUGGCAAGACAGACAGCUGGAGGAACAUGAUCGACGUGAAUGUCCUGGCCUUGUCUAUUUGUACACGUGAGGCCUACCAGUCAAUGAAAGAGCGGAAUGUGGACGAUGGCCACAUCAUCAAUAUUAACAGUAUGGGGGGACAUAGAAUGGUACCUAGUGCAGAUGAACAUUUCUACUGUGCCACAAAAUAUGCUGUGACUGCUCUAACCGAGGGGCUGCGGCAAGAGCUACGGGAAGCAAAGACCCACAUCAGAGCCACGUGUAUAUCCCCUGGAAUAGUGGAGACUGAGUUUGCCUUCCGGCACCACAACAGCGAUCCAGAGAAAGCAGCUGCUGUGUAUGAGAGUAUAAAAUGUUUGAAAGCACAAGACAUAGCCAGUGCAGUCACAUACAUUCUGGGCGCCCCGCCUCAUGUCCAGAUCGGAGAUGUGCAGAUGAGGCCGGUGGAACAGAUGUCAUAGCAACAGAGCAGGAAGUUAAGCAACUGGAGGAGCCGAUAGAGCCAGGCAGCAAGCACCAUUGUGACGACUCCUUAGUGACCUCUGCUGGGCAACGACAAAAACAAACAAACUAGUGUUCAACUGGAUUUGGACUGAAGGGAUCGGUUUGAGAAGGUGUGGAGGAGGCUGUGUGUGGUGGAGUGAUAUCUGGGCUGGAGAUUAGAGGAUGGGCAGGUACUCUUAACCACUACUGAAUUACUGUGAGUGCUGCUACAACAUGAGCUUUGGUGUAUUGUAUUUCAAAAUGAAGCCACAUCAAACUUAGGAGAAGAGAAGAGGGUUGCUGCUCCUGUGCGUCAUCUAUUCUACAUGACCAUCCUGACUGACUGACUGACAGAAGGACCGA